AUGCAUAAAAGCUUGUUUCUUUAUAUCGACAGCGAUGGGAUUGCUCAUUAUAUGCUCUUUCACCGUAGAGGAUUUACAGAAUUAGAGUUUCCAUUUUAAGUUUACAAUUCCAUUUGCAAUGUUGAUGUUGGAGCUAUUUUACUCACAGAAAAAAAUAUAGUCAAAGACCCUAAUGUUUACUCUUUCUCUGAACCGCUAUUGGUCAAGCGAUUUUGCUUUUGGCAUCCUAAUAUCUUUUGCAUUCAAUUUUUUAAGUUCGAAAACUUAGGAAAAGCAGUAGUUUCAAGUAAUAAGCUUGUUUAAGAAAAAUGGGAAAAGACAUUAUAGGUUAUACCUGAAGGGGUAUUAAUAAUGGACAAGCCUACAAAUAAAAUAAAUUAUUACAAUUCGGAAUUAAAAGCAAUAAUAGGAUCUGAUUAUUUUGAACAGUCAGAAGAUUAAGAAUAGUUAAUAUCGAGUCUGUUGAAGCAAUAUAAGAUUCAGGAUACUUCAGAAUCACUAUAAGAGGGCUAAACAAUAGACGGUCUUAAUGAUGAUGGCUAGGUUUUGAGAUAGGGAAAAAAUCUAACUUUUUUUAAUCAACAAAAGAUGUCUCUAUGGGAUUAUCUAACUUAAUUUAUUGUAAGUACAGCUCAUGAACUUAGAACACCAUUAAAUUCAAUCAUACCGAUGAGUGAAAAUUUAAGGCCUUAUAUUUAGGGGGAGGCCGGAUAGAACAUUCUAAAAGUAAUCAUUAACUCGACUAUUCACCUCUCACUAAUAAUUGAAGAUGCACUUGAUAUGAGUAGGAUUGAAAAUAACAAAUUUGAGAUCAAUUAUUCACUUUUCAAUUUGAAGAACACUAUAGAUGAAGUAAUUGACAUCAUGAAAUUUCAGGCAGAUUUAAAGGGAUUAAAGAUAAUAAGUAAUAUUGAUGCCUCUUUACCUUAGACUGUAUAUACUGAUGAAAAAAGAUACAAGUAGGUACUCUUUAAUCUGAUUGGCAACGCUAUGAAAUUUACACUUAAAGGCUCAAUUAUAGUCAAAGUCACUUUAAUUUAAGCUGAUUUUAUCUAAACUAAAGUCAUAGAUACCGGAAUUGGAAUAUCAACCCCUGAUUUAAAAAAACUCUUUUGCUAAUUCGGAAAAUUAUCUUCUCCUAAUAAGAUAAAUCAAUGUGGUAUGGGACUUGGAUUAUCUAUUUCAAAGUAGAUAAUUGAGCAAUUAGGUGGAUAAAUUUCUGUAAAGUCUUAAGUUUGCAAGGGCACAUCCUUUAAGUUCACAAUAAAAUUAGAGCCUUAAUAAAGUGAACUCACUAGAAUGAAUGCAGGAAUAUAUGAGCUAUAUGACUCAAACGGAGGAGUACAAUUUCAUUUAAUCAACAGAUCAAGUUAAAUAUGCCAACUAGAGUAGGAUGUUUAAGAUGAGACAGGAUAAUGGGAUAUACCAGAGACAAUUGAUGAUGAUGAUAACAAAACUUAAAAUUUACUCUAAGUUGAACCAGCUGAGAACUUUUAAAAGAUAAAUAAGAUCAUUAAUACUCUAAAUCUUGAAUCGUCCUAAUAAGGAGAACCGAAUCAUUAAAAUAAUUUACCAUCCUUAUAAUCAAACUUUAGCUUAGUUGAUAAUGCAUUACCAGAUGAUACAUCCCUUUCUAAUAGAUUCAAUAUGAACAACUACAAUUCCAGUCAAGGAAAAUUGCUUAUUAGUGUAAACGAUAAAUACUAAUCUCCCUUAUUGCUACCUAUUUAAGUGAAUAGAUUUCAAAGAGCAGUCCCAAGCCCCUAAUUUAUUCAGAGGAAAAAUUUAUUAAGAUUUGAAAAGAUAGAUCGAAGGCCAUCAGCUGGAAAGAAUAUGAAAAAUGGAAAUAGCCUGAACUAGAAGAUGAGAAUUCUGAUAGUUGAUGAUUAGGUAUACAAUAUUUUAGUGUUGGAAUUGCUUUUGAAAAACUUAUUAUCAGAUUAAGCAUUUGAGAUUGAUAAAGUUCUAAACGGGCAAGAGGCUAUAGAAAAGAUUUUAGAACAAAAUAAUAGCAAUAAUAAAUCUAAAGCUAAUCAUUAUAAUGCCAUCUUUCUUGAUAUCUAGAUGCCGAUCAUGGAUGGAAUUUCUACGAUUAAAGAGAUUAGAAAACUAUAGGUCUUAGGAAAUAUUAGCAUGGACAAUACUCUAGUCUAUGCUUUGACGGCCUCUACUAAGCAAGAAUUUACCAUGAUGUAUGGUGAGUAGUAAUUUGAUGGUUAUGGUAAGUAUUCAAGAAAAUUAAACAGAUCUAAUCCUAUUUUAUAGUGGAAAAGCCAAUUAAGUUGGAAUAUCUUAAGAAAAUAUUAAAAAAAUGAAUUAGAAUAUCAAUGA